UGCGCAAUGUCUGGUCGUGGAAAAGGAGGUAAAGGUCUUGGCAAAGGAGGCGCUAAGCGUCAUAGGAAGGUUCUCCGUGAUAAUAUUCAGGGUAUUACGAAGCCCGCUAUUCGCCGCUUGGCUCGCCGUGGUGGUGUGAAGCGUAUCUCCGGUCUGAUUUACGAAGAGACCCGUGGUGUUCUGAAAGUGUUCCUGGAGAAUGUCAUUCGUGACGCCGUUACCUACACCGAACACGCCAAGAGAAAGACUGUGACUGCUAUGGAUGUCGUCUACGCGCUGAAGCGACAGGGUCGCACUCUGUAUGGCUUUGGAGGUUAA